GCAGCACAGCUCCAGUGCUAGUAAGUAGCAGCACUGCACCAGCAGUGAUCUUGCCAACACACACACAGUGCACGUGAAAUGGCUCGGGUGAUCGGUGCCUCCGGAGCCUGCACACUCCUCCUCGUCCUGCUCGUGGCGUGCGCUGCGUCCGCAGCGCGCACCGAACCGGGCGCCGCGCGGCAGCUGUGGGACGACGGGAGGAAGGUCGGGGGAAGGACGGAGGUGAGGGACGUGGAGGGCGACAGGGAGGUGCAGGAGCUGGGGCGGUACUCCGUUGAAGAGCACAACCGGCGCCGGGAGGAGGGCUGCGAGGGCAGCGGCGGCGUCUGCGGCCGGCUGGAGUUCGCCCGCGUGGUGUCGGCGCAGCGCCAGGUGGUCUCCGGAAUCAAGUACUACCUCCGCGUCGCGGCCGCCGAGGAAGGUGGCGCGGGGAGCAACGGCGUCAGCGACGGCCGCGUGUUCGACGCCGUGGUGGUCGUGAAGCCCUGGCUCCAGUCCCGCGCGCUGGUCAGGUUCGCGCCGGCCGACUCCAAAUGAGCAGCUGCAUGCGCGGUCGGACGAACUUGCGCGCCAGAGUAUGCAAUGUACGGAGUACACUCGAAUAGCGAAGUGUGAGCUAGAGUUGACCGCCAGAGUAUACAGGCGGUCAAAGUUUUGUAAGGUCUGCCGGAUAAAAAAGUUUUGCAAGAAGAGUUGGGGGAGUGUCGAAAUAAAUACAAUAUACGAUAAGAAUGUUUUGCUUCUA